CUCCGUCGGUCCCGUAUGUGCGUGAUUCACCUGCUCAAACGCUCCUGAAGAUCCGCUGAAGUUUAAGACGGUCGGUCUGGAAGUGUUUUAUUCCGGUCUGGAUGAGUCAAUGUCUCUGUUCUGGUCAUUUAAUCUGUAGCAGUUCCACAUGAUCACUGCUGGAAUGACACACACACAACUCCAUAACGAGCAGUCACACUCUCCAUGAACAGGAACUGGUGAGACAGGUGCAGAAGAUCUUCAUGAUGGAUGAAAGUGCUGUAAAUGAGUCUAAUGUGAAAGUGGCGGUCCGGGUGCGACCCAUGAACAGGAGAGAACGAGAUUUAAAGACAAAAUGUGUAGUGGACAUGGAAGGAAAUCAGACCAUCCUGUACCCGGCCAAUGGAAACCUGGGAAAGGGCGACAGCAGGAGCAAACCAAAGGUUUUCGCAUAUGAUUAUUGCUUCUGGUCUAUGGAUGAAGCUGAGGCAGCCAAAUUUGCAGGUCAGGAUGUGGUGUUUCAGUGUCUUGGAGAGAGUCUUUUGGACAGCGCUUUCCAAGGAUACAACGCCUGUAUAUUUGCAUAUGGGCAAACAGGCUCAGGAAAGUCGUACACGAUGAUGGGAGCGGCCGAGCAGCCGGGCCUGAUCCCGCGACUCUGCAGUUCUCUGUUCCAGCGCAGCGUACAGGAGCAGAGGGAGGGCGAGAGCUUCACCGUGGAGGUCUCCUACAUGGAGAUCUACAACGAGAAGGUGCGAGACCUUCUGGAUCCCAAAGGGAGCCGGCAGGCGUUGAGGGUCCGGGAGCAUAAGGUGUUGGGGCCGUAUGUGGACGGUCUGUCCCGCCUCGCUGUGACCAGCUACAAGGACAUCGAGUCUCUGAUGUCGGAGGGGAAUAAAUCCCGCACUGUGGCGGCCACGAACAUGAACGAGGAGAGCAGCCGCUCGCACGCUGUCUUCAACAUCAUUCUGACGCACACGCUCCGAGACCUGAAGACUGGGACGAGUGGAGAGAAGGUGAGUAAACUCAGUCUGGUGGAUCUGGCCGGCAGUGAGAGAGCUGAUAAAACUGGAGCUGGAGGAGAAAGACUCAAAGAAGGCAGCAACAUUAACAGGUCCCUCACAACUCUUGGACUGGUGAUUUCAGCCUUGGCGGAGCAGGGCGCAGGAAAAAACAAGAGUAAAUUUGUUCCGUACAGAGACUCCGUGCUCACGUGGUUACUGAAGGACAGUUUAGGAGGCAACAGUCGCACCGCUAUGGUUGCAACGGUGAGUCCAGCGGCCGACAACUACGACGAGACUCUGUCUACACUACGGUACGCCGACCGGGCCAAAAGCAUCGUUAAUCACGCCGUGAUUAACGAAGAUCCAAACGCCAGAAUCAUCAGAGAGCUGAGAGAGGAGGUGGAGAAACUCCGCAGCCAGCUGACCGAGGCUGAGUCAAUGAAAGCUCCUGAGCUCAAAGAGAGACUGGAGGAGUCAGAGAAGCUGAUCCAGGAGAUGACUGUGAGCUGGGAGGAGAAACUCAGGAAGACUGAGGAGAUCGCACAGGAGCGACAGAAGCAGCUGGAGAGUUUGGGAAUUUCUCUGCAGUCAUCUGGGAUCAGAGUCAUUGAUGAUAAAUGCUUCCUGGUCAACCUGAACGCAGACCCCGCCCUCAACGAGCUGCUCGUCUAUUACUUAAAGGAACACACUCGUGUGGGUUCUGCAGACUCUCAGGACAUUCAGUUGUGUGGUUUGGCAAUUCAACCGGAGCAUUGUGUUAUAGACAUCAAACUAGAGACGGGAGUCACGCUCAGCCCGAAGAGAAACGCUCGCACAUGUGUGAACGGCGCUGUGGUCUCGUCUCCCGUCCAGCUGCAUCAUGGGGAUCGAAUCCUCUGGGGAAACAACCACUUCUUCAGGAUCAGCGUGUCGAAUGUGUUUCGUGUUGGUGUGGAGGAUGAGGAGGGCAGUGUGACGAAGGCUGGUCUUCACGCUGAGCAUCUGGAUGUGGAUCGUCUCAGUCACGCCUCCAGUGACAACAGCUUCAGUUUUGAGUCGGCACAGACUGAAGUCAUGAUGAAAGCGCUGGGAAGCGACGAGCCGCAGCAGUCGGUGCUUCACUCUCUGGAGCGCAGGCAUGAGGAGGAGAAGCGCUCAGCUCUGGAGCGACAGCGGAUGAUGUACGAGCAGGAGCUGCAGCAGCUGCGCAGACGCCUGUCGACAGAGCUGCAGACGCAGCACCAGCGCAGCAGCGAGCAGCUCAACGCCAGCCUGGGCUCCUCUCAGAGCCCACUGUGCCAGUGGAGUGACGGGAGAGAGGUUUUGAUGAAUCGAAGUCUGCGUAAGCUCAAAGAGCAGAUCGUGAAGGCCAAUCUGCUGGUUCGGGAGGCUGGAUUCAUCUCUGAAGAGCUCAACAAGAAAACUGAAUAUAAAGUCACACUGCAGAUACCGGCUGCAAACCUCAACGCCAACCGCAAGCGGGACAUGGUUCUGAGCGAGCCGGCGGUGGAGGUGAGGAGGAAGAGCAAAGGCAAGCAGAUCUGGUCCAUGGAGAAGAUGGAGAACCGGCUGCUGGACAUGAGAGAGCUCUAUCAGGAGUGGAAAGACUAUGACGAGGACAAUCCUGCCAUGCGCUCCUACUUCAAGCGUGCCGAUCCGUUCUUCGACGAGCAGGAGAAUCACAGUCUGAUCGGUGUGGCCAACGUCUUCCUAUCCUGUCUGCUGUAUGACGUCAAGCUGCAGUACGCAGUUCCCAUCAUCAACCAGAAGGGGGAGGUGGCGGGUCGGCUUCACGUAGAAGUGGAGCGUCUGAGCGGAGAACUAGAGGAGUGUGAGACGGGAGGCUCUGAGAUCAGUCCAGACGGCGAGACGCAAGAACGCAAACUCACCUGCAUGAUCAAGGUGUUGCAGGCGACAGGAUUGCCUCAGCACCUCUCCAACUUCGUUUUCUGUCAGUAUCAUUUCUGGGAGCAGCAGGAACCCGUGUUUAUCGCCCCUGAAGUGGGUCUGACGGCCCCCAGCAGCAGAGAGCCGCAGAGUCUGGUGGUGUUUGACAACUGCAAGACUCUAGAAGUGGCCGUAACCGAAGACUUUCUGGAGUUUCUGAUGGAGGGCGCCGUGGCGGUUGAAGUUUAUGGUCACAAACAGGCAAAUCCGCGCAGGAAUCUGGCUCUCUGGGACCUGGGGGUGAUUCAGGCAAAGACUCGCUCUCUCAGAGAGAGGUGGAGUGAAGUGACCCGCAGGCUGGAGCUCUGGGUUCAGAUCCUGGAGCUGAAUGAUGCUGGAGAGUUUGUGCCGGUGGAGGUUCAGUCAGCUAAGGACUUCUGCACAGGAGGAAUAUUUCAGCUCAAACAGGGUCAGUCCAGGCGUGUUCAGGUGGAGGUGCGUUCGGUCCAGGACUCCGGCACCAUGCCUCUGAUCACCGAGUCUGUGCUCAACAUCUCCAUCGGCAAUGUGGAGGUCCAUCAGACUCGAACUGGCAAAAUCACAGAGACCCAGAGGGUGGGAGAUAAAGAUGUGGACAGUUAUCAGGAGGUUGAUCUGGAGAGACUGAGAGCUCGGUGGCUCACAGCUCUAACUGAACGACAGGAAUAUCUGGACCAACGUCUUCAGAAACUUGUUGGCAAGCACGAUAAGUCAGAAGAGGAUGUGGAGAGCGAGUCGCAGCUGCUGGAGUGUCGUCUGACGCUAACGGAGGAGAGAAACGCUGUGCUGGUGCCCUCUGCUGGCAGCGGUAUCCCAGGAGCCCCGGCAGAGUGGGCUCCUGUGCCAGGAAUGGAGACGCACAUCCCAGUCAUCUUCCUGGACCUCAGCGCUGAUGACUUCCGUGAUCAUCUGUCCGCUCCUCUAGCUGGAGGUCUAGAUGCUGCACUCGACAGAGAAGAUAAAGAUGAUUUCAUGGACUUACAGAUAGUCAAAUACUAUGAUAAUGAGGUGAAGACAGAGGCAUCAUGGGACUGCACCGUUCAUGACAGUCCUGAGCUAAAUCGAGUGACGGGGCCAGAUCUCAGGAUUUACCUCACAGUCCGCACCAUGGUUCUGCUCAGUCAUCCCGCACAAAUGCAGCUGGUCCUGCGCAAGCGCAUCUGCGUGAACCUCACCGGACGACAGGGCUUUGCUCAAAGUCUGCUGAGGAGAAUGUCUCACCGCAGCUCGAUUCACGGCUGUGGAGUCACGUUUGAGAUCGUCUCAAAUAUCCCAGGGGACAUUCAGAGCUCAGAGGACAGAGAGAUGCUCGCCCGACUGGCCGCCAGCACCGACAACCCAGGAGCCGACAGUGAAGCCGCCAUCGAGAAAUACCUGCGGAGUGUGUUAGCAGUAGACAACAUCCUCACGCUGGACCGCCUCAGACAGGAGGUUUCGGUGAGGGAGCAUCUAUCAGAUAAAGGAAAGAUUCCCAAACGCUGCCUCAGUUCACCAAAUGUACACCGGCUCUCUGGCAGCAGGAAAGAUCUGUCCACCAGCCAAGACUCAGAAGACAAUAAAGGUGGUUGGGACAGUCGGCAGGAGAUUUCUGUGCUAACAUUAGCCACGAAGAGCCCAUCUCACUCAGCGUCGGUACAAAACCAAAACUCAGAGCCAGGUCUCUCAGGAUUUGCUGCAUCUUAUUUCUCCCCAGUGAAAGCUCUAGUGUCUCCAGUACCCAAGAUGUUCAAAUCUCUGUUGUCCAAGAAAGAGGAGAAGAAAGAGACGCCUCCUCCUGCUGCCUUUGAGCAGAAUGUGCCACGUAUUGUUGUUCAGUCUGUCAGUCUUGAAGACAUCAACAGCUAUGAACUGACUCCACAGUCUCCUUCAAAAUACAUAUUUCCCAUAUUUCCGGUUAUUCCUGAUAAAGUAGAGACCACUGAAGCAUCCACCAUAUCCUCAGAAACCACGUCUGACAUCCAGAUAAGCCAUGCUAUGGAAACUCCAAUUUCAGAGAAUCCAGAGAAUGUUAAGGAGAUUCUGUUGCCUCACCUUCCUCAAGAAGUUAAAGAAGUUCCAACUCUUUCUGUUCCUCCAGUGGUUGAGGAAGUUCUACCAUCUAAUCUUUCUCCAGAAGUUGAGGUUCCACCUCCUAAUCGUUCUUCAGAGGUUGAGGAGGUUCUACAUCCAUCUGUUCCUCAAGUGAUUGAGGAAGUUCUACCAUCUAAUCUUUCUUCAGAUGUUGAGGUUCCACCUCCUAAUCGUUCUUCAGAGGUUGAGGAGGUUCUACAUCCAUCUGUUCCUCAAGUGAUUGAGGAAGUUCUACCAUCUAAUCUUUCUUCAGAAGUUGAGGAGGUUCUAUCUCCAUCUGUUCCUCCAGUGGUUGAUGAAGUUCUAGCUCCUAAUCUUUCUCCAGAGGCUGAGGAAGUUCUAUCUCCAUCUGUUUCUGCAGAAGUCAGAAAGGUUCCACCUCUUCCUGCUUCUUCAGGAGUCAAAGAGUCUCUACCUCCUAUGGUUCCAUCCGAGAUUAACGAGGUUCCACCUCCUGCUUCUGUAGAGGUUGAAUACCCCAAGCAAAGCCCAGUUGGUGAUUCAACAAACAGCUCCAUCAGCGAUGUCUCAAGUGGAUACAUCUCCACAAGUGUCUCCACAGUGACUCUCUCUGAGUGUGCGGUCUCGAAUGUUGACCCUCCUCUCCUUGACAGCACAGAGGCCAAAAUAGACUCUACUUCCAAAAGGACUGAACCUAAAACAGAGUUUGUGCCAACAACCAGCACAUGCCCAGAGCAUCAGUCAAAACUUGAACCAGCUGACCUAGAACUUGGAAAAUGGGCACCUAUAGAAUCCCAGACAUCAGAAGAACAUGGUCAAGUGUCUCCUCUAGAUACAUCUCCUCAAAAACUCCUCAGUGUUUCUGAUUCCUUACCUCAAGAAACCUCUGAAGCCAACGUCUCUUCAUCUUGUUCAGCCGCAUCAGUACCAUCUACACCACUGGCACUACCAGCUGCCUCAAAAGCAACUGAUCUGUCAGUUCCAGUCAAGACAGCUAAGCCAUCAACACCUGACCAGCAAUCAAGACCUGAACAAAACGUCAAACCCACUCCUGCUCCCACCUCCAACCCUUUCCAAAUCCACAGAGUCAAGACCUCCGGCCUUAAGUCUUUCAAGGGAAUCCUGCAUGAAGAAGAUGUAGAGGGCAAAACUAAACUCGGUCACUCUUUAUCUUCACUGAGUGAGUCUCAAGAAAGACUGGAGAUCCUUUCAGAUUCAGAGGAAAGCCUAGAGACUCCCGACUGGCUGAAAGAGGGGGAAUAUGUGACUGUGGGCACAAAUAAAACUGGAACAGUCCGUUAUGUUGGACCGACUGACUUUGCAAAGGGCGUUUGGGUUGGAGUGGAACUUGAUGUUCCAGCAGGUAAAAACGAUGGUUCGGUUGGUGGUCGCCAUUACUUCCACUGCAACCCUGGUUACGGCGUUCUCGUGAGACCGAAUCGGGUCACGAAAGCGGCGGGUACCGCUAAACGGUCGAGGCAGAAACGCAAGCAGAACCUCUCAGGAUCUAGUCCCAACCUGGCAGCCCUUACAGCGAUGGCCAAAGGAGAAGCUGGAGCACGCAAGGGUGAAAACAGGAAGUCUUGGGUUAGCUGAGGACAAUGCAUCCUUGUUGAUGGACGUGUACAGAGGACAGUAUUGGUAUGGCACUGAAACACUACACUGAUACUUGCAGGGAUGUAACUGCCAUCUGAUUUACUAAUGCAUAUCUACACUACAUAGUGCUUAUAGUGUUCGAAAAACCUGUUUCAAUCCUCAGUAAGCAGUAUUUUUGGUAUUACUCUUUUUUUUUAUGUUUUUUAAUAACACAAAGUGCCCAGUUUACCUGAAGCCAAUGUCAGGGAGUAUGUGCAUGUGGAUGUUCUCUAAAAAAAUCAGGAUACUGAUGGAUUCACUUGAGUGCUUCAUUUCAUGAUUUUACAUACAGUAGGAAGUUGGGAUGGGUUUUACUUGUGGAGAUUAAAAGUGCCAGACAGUUUUAUUCAUAAAUGAAUGUUUUUAGUGUUGUUAUGGUGAGUUAGUUCUGUAUUUUCUGUUGGUUUGGUACCUUUGUAUUACUGUUUUUUUCUUUUUCUUGAAUGAGUAAUUUAUGAUCAAAUUGUUAUUUGUUUAUUUAUUUGCAGAUCAAA